AACGGCUUUCGAAUGCCAGAAAGGCGAAGAACCUUCGAGGAAAGAGAUUAAAGACAACUGCCAUAAUUGUCAGCCAUGAAGACGACUCACCAGCAUCCCUUGAUCUUGGCGACGGCUCGGCGCGUCAGUAGGGACUCGCUCGAUACUCCAACCCCCGAAGAACCGGUGAUACGCCUUAAGUUAGACAAACCACCACACUGGGAGUGGCAGCUGACCACGUCAGCUGAUACCCUUCCGGUAAUCCAGCUCCUGGACAGAGAUGGAAAGCUGCUGGUAGAAACUAGUGCUGGUGUAGCUCAGCGGGCUCGGGGCUCCUUUCACGACGGCCUCAAAUACCACGAGUCCUUUCCUGAGCGGUUGGAGGAAGCCUUUUUGGACCCACCCCUUUUUAAAACCUCUACGCUCGGCAAUCGCAACUACGAGGGCUUUAGCUCAAAGUUUGGCUCCUUGGGCUGCGGUUUUCCGCCACGCAAAUCACGCAGUGACGCCACCAUCUCCUCCUCGUCCUUGUCCAAGCGACACAAGACGCGUAAGCGUCACUCGUCCAACGAUUCCAAAACCUCUCUCUUGAGCGCAGCUACGCCGAUGAAAAAAAAUGAAGAUGCGGCGACGGUGGCUGAGAGGUACUCGGCCAGUGAUUACUUGCGCCAACAGAUACUCGACAACUUGGAUAAGCGGAAUAGCGAUACUGCUGAGCCAAGGCCGGUUGAAGUGGCGUGCGCCAGAUACAAGAAGAUGAAAGCAUAUUUGCGAAGCCAGAGCGACGGUGCCCAGUCCACCGAAAAUGAGGAGCUACCGAGAUAUUACAAAGGCCGAGCAGUCAAUGGGAAUCCAAUACUAGCCAACAAGAAGCUCAGCAAAGAGGACCUGGAUAAAAUCAGGAGAUUUCUGAAGGAGAAGAUUCAGGCGAAAAUGCUGGAGGAAGAGAAGAUUUUGCAGCGCAUCCCACCAGAUAGUUACUCUGAUGUGCCAGAGAAUGGCAUUACGGAGAGGCAUUCGGACCGAGCUCGCGAGGAUGAAAGGCAACUGGCUUUACGAAACUACAUAAUAAGGAAAAUAUGUAGCGAUGCGAAUAUAAGGUUCGAGCCUGAAGUUUUCGAGGCUUCGAAAAGAAAAUUAAAAGCCAGGCAGCAGCAGCAACAGAAACCUUUAAAGAAAAGUUUUUCAGCCUCGGACAGGAAAAAAUUUUAUAGGAAAACGAAAAGCGACGUCUUGCUAAGCCACAGAACGGCCGGAGGUGGCGUCGACUCGGAAAAUGAUUGUCCAGCAAGCACCAACCACCCGACUCAGUGCAUAAGAAGUCAGGAUAAUUUCGAAAGAUCGUGGCGAGCGUACAGGGAGCGUAAGAGACAGGAACGCCUCCAGAGAGAGCAGCAUGAGCUGGCUGAAGAGGAUUUUAUGAAGAGGCCUAGAUGGAAAGAUUAUCAGCGAGCCUCUUGUAGCACGAGGAAUUGCAGGAUCUGUGAGAACGUAAAGAGAUGCGUUGAACCGAUGAAGGAGGACAACUCGAAAAACCGAUCAAACGAGGACGAUGAAAGACCUGGUACCAGUUUACAAGAGAACUAUAUCGUGGUCGAUUUUUCAAAGAAUGAAAAGAUGAAGACUACCAAAGAGAAGGACUGUACGUAUGGCGUGAGGUCGCCAGACUUUGGUUAUAAUUCCAUAUCGAAGAGAGAUUUUAAAGUUAACGAUGACUAUGUUGAUUCGUGUGCUAACUCGAAUAUUAAGAAGAGUGACACUUUCAAGGUUAUUGAUGGUGCAGAUGGCGAAGGCAGUGACGAGAUAUGUUAUGACUACAAGAAUAAAACGAAUGAAGAAAUAGCGAGGGAUUACCUCAAACGAGUUUACGAACUUUUGCGCAGGCGACAGUACGAGGCAAAGAAACCAACAGUGGCCUGCAUCGUUGAAAAGUACGAGGAUACGUCGUCCUCGAACUGUUUACAGGAUGAAAAAGUUCAGAACAAAAGACGCCGCCGACGAAAGAAAAUUGAUGGAUCCAAUGAAGGUAAUUGA